UAUUGAUCUGACAUGCUCUCGUUUUUUUUUAAUCAAACAUCAUGAUGUUUUUAUAUUUUCUCUUAGAUCAUCAAUAAUUGCUGUGAUUUACUGAGUCAGGAUUGAAGAAUGACUGUGAUGAAGGUGAUUUUAGUGGCACUCUUGCCUGUUGUACUUGGUACUGAAUGUGAUGAAUUCAAACCUGUGGACUGUUCAGAUCUUUAUAAAAAAGGAGAAACAGUCAGUGGCAUCUACAACAUCUAUCCAACAUCUGGUGCUCCUCUGUGGGUUUAUUGUGACAUGAUCUCAACCGCUCAAGAUGAAGAUGAGAAAGGAGGUUGGACGGUGAUUUAGAGACGAAUGGAUGGCAGUGUGAAUUUCUAUCGACCAUGGAAACAGUACAAGAGAGGUUUUGGACUCGUGGAGAGCGAGUACUGGCUUGGACUGGAGAACAUGUACCAGCUGACACAUAACAGAAAGUACAUACUGAAAGUAGAUAUGGAGGACUUUGAAGGAAGAAAAGGUUGGGCUCUGUAUUCUUCAUUCUCUGUCGACUCUGAAUGUCAAGGUUAUCAACUGCAGGUGACAGGAUUUAAAGAUGGAGGUGCAGGUGAUGCUUUAUCUGGUCAUAAUGGAUUCAAGUUCUCCACCUUUGACAAAGAUCAGGACGCUCAUGACAGUAAUUGUGCCAAAAGGUUUCUGGCGGGUUUCUGGUAUUCAAACUGUCAUUCAGCAAAUCCCAACGGUGUUUAUUUAUGGGGAGAAGACGCCACACAUUACGCCAUCGGAGCUGUUUGGUCGACCUGGAAGAACAGUUACGCCGUCAGUCUGAAAUCUAUCACCAUGAAGAUCAAACGUGUUUCUUAAACAGUGAUAGUGACACAUGUGGUGUUUUUUCAUCAUAUAUAUUUUCCUUUUCUCUUAAAUUAUAUUGCUUGUUUUUCUUGUGUUUAAAGACAUCAGGGUGAAGUGUUUUUCAUGUUUCUAUUAUCUCACUGUUUAUUGUCAAUGCUGUACAUUAGUAGCAGGAGUCAAUUUAUUAUUUUGUGAAGAAGAUGAAAGUCCUGAAAGAUAACUGCUGAUUGUGCAGUUACACACUUAAGUGUUUGCCCCAAAAGUUUAAAGAGAUCUAAAGAAAAUGUUUAAAUUAAAGCAGGUUUAUUUGCGCUGUUGUUGUCUCGGUUCAUUAUCUAUUAGGGAUUUUUUAUAAGUAAUGGAUAAUUGGCGACGGCCCGUUGAAUUAUUUGGAAAUAAUGCACACUAAAAUAUGCAUUUUUUUUAUAUUUUAAAGGACCGGAGUCAAUUAAUCUGCUUAUACCGCUUAUACCACAGACAUUGCUCUGGUGGUUAUGUGAAGACAAUUGACAGGUCAGGUGUGCGGUUAUCGAAAAAUAAUGCAUACCAGUGGAACAUUUCUCAACCAAUCAGAAUAAGGCAUUCAACAGCCCUGUGGCAUAAUGAAUAAUAUUUAAUGAUUGUCACUAUAAUUGAGGUUCAUGAUUUCAGUGUUGGUGGAGGCAGUGAUGCGUCUACAGUGAAGAAGAAUGAACAUUCAAUACAAACCAUUUGAGCAGUUAUGGUACUUAUUUAAUGAUUUAUUUCUAACGCCAUCUAUGGCUGUGUUCAUGACAAGAACUAGUUAGUAUUGUUGGAACCUUUUUUCAGCAAAGAGCAGAAGACUUGGAUCGUCUUGAGCUGUAUGAUGCAUUGAAUUUAAAGUCAUUUGAAGAGGCAGUCCCUUCAGAUGAAAACACUGCCUUCAGAUUACAAUAAAACCAUGAAAGAGAGGUUGCAGUACGACAAUAAAGGGCAGCAAAAUGCAUAU